GCCCCUCUUCUCUCUUCUCUCUUCUCUCUCCUCUCCUCUCUUCUCGACCUUCUCUCUCCAUUAACUUUUAAUUCAAAGAAAGCACGCUCGCUCGUUUCUUUUCGAUCUCUGUGCUAUUCCUCUCCCACGAGUCGUCAUAUCCAAACUCGCUUCCAAAAUGCAGUUCUCACGUCUCUUCGUCGCUGCCGCCGCCGUUGCAGGUGCCAAUGCCGCCCUCAACCUCACCGUCACCACCUACGCGGGCAUCACCGUUGGCCAGCCCUUCGUUAUUACCUGGGGUGACAACACUGGUCCCGUCUCUCUGAUCCUUUUGGACGACACCGACCCCAACAACGUGAAGCCCUUCGAGACCCUCGGAACUGGUCUCACUGGUACUGCCUACACCUGGACUCCUUCUGCCACCCUCCCCGCUGGUGACUACGCAGUCAAGAUCCAGGAUGCCGUGACCACCAACUACGGUGCCCAGUUCCAGCUGGUCGGCGCCACCGCCAGCGCCAGUGCCAGUGCCAGCGCCAGCUCCUCCGCCGCUGCCUCCAGCUCCACCGGCCCAUCAAGCACUUCCGCCACUACCACCUCCGCCUCUAGCUCCUCCGCCUCCACCCCUUCCAGCUCUCCAAGCUCUUCUUCCGCCAGCUCCAGCUCUUCUUCCAGCUCCAGCACCCCUUCCAGCACCAGCAGCAGCACCAGCUCUAGCUCUAGCUCCAGCGCAACUAGCAGCUCUGCAAGCAGCACUUCCAGCUCUAGCAGCAGCAGCAGCAGCAGCGCCAGCUCCAGCUCUAGCAGCUCCACCUCAUCGAGCUCCUCAUCCGCCUCCAAGACCACCACCUCCGCCCCAGCAGGCACCACCACCAGCGCCCCCAGCUCCGCCAACGGCCUCGCCAGCCCUCUGGCCCUUGUCUUCCUGGCGCUGGCUGCUCUCAUCACCGUCAACUAAACCUUCUAAUCCAGGGGUCGUCCUUAAUCACCCUCUUCUCCACGGGCGCCCCAAUAAAAAACCUAAUCUCGAUUUUUCUAUGGAAAUAUCUAAAACUCUUCCACCAAUAUAUGUCUAAAUACCUGUUCCGCCCCGAAGAAAUGGCCCACAAUCCCCUCAAUUCGUGCAUGCCCGCAUAGCGAAUCGCCCAUUGUCCGAUAUAUAUCCAUCCCCGUUCUUCUCGUCCCGCAUAAUCCGUUGCUGUAUUUAAUUGCUUCGCCCCCCUUUUUUAGCUCGUGCUUUUCUCGCCUGCUUGCUUGAUUGCUUGUUUGAUUUUUUACCUUCUCUGCAUCUGCAUUUGAAAUGAUUUGAUUGAUUGAUUGCAUUGGUGGGGGAUACGACGACGAAGCGAGCUCUCAGGUCCUCGGGG